UUUUAUUUUUUAUGUGUAUUUGCCAGUUUCAACAAAGGUAAAACCCUAACAUUAACCAGAGAUCUAUCAAGUCAAGAAGGCUUACAGUGGUGGGCACUGCCCCCCUUACUGGCCGCCCCCUUGGUGACGCUCCUGAUGGGACUCUAAGAAAUAAAAAAGAGGCGUUUUAAAACGGACCUAUAGUAAAUGCGCGGUGCAGUUGAGGAAGUUUGUGCUACACCUUUUUUCUUCAACACCUGCAGGUGAACUCUCCUCUGCGCUCGGCGGGGCGCGGUCACGAGGGUGGAGUCCACCGCAGCAGCAGCAGCARCAGCAGCUCUGGGAACCUUUUUACUCAUCUGCAUUCUUGGCAAUCAGUCUGUUGCGCCUCUUUCUCCGGGUCCGCUCCCUCUGGGAAACUGGUUCAACCGAUCCGUUGUGAAAGUAAGGGGAGGGGGACAAAACAUAAGACGGAGCCGCAGUCCGAGUCGUGGAAGAUGAUGGCACCGGAUCCGCUACGAUCGGCGACGACCGUCGAGGGCGCGGAGGACACCUCGCUCGCGCUGCCGUCCGACAGGAGCCUGAGCUCGGGGAGGCAGCGCGUGCUGGAUCAGGUUCACAGCAUUAAGCGGACCAAGUCCAGACAAGGCAGAAGCGUGUCGUCUCCUACAAGCCCAUCACCAAAACUUUCAACCUACAGUGAAUUUGGGACAUUCAAGUUUAUGCCAUCCAAAGGAAAUGAUUUACUCAGUCGCACCAACUCCACCAUGUCAACAAGCUACACCAAAGUGGCCAAUUUUCAGAAGACACAUAGUCAAUCUGCUAGAGUUCCCAAAGGAAGACAUAUCAGCUCCUCGACUAUAUGGGAUCAACAAACAAUCAAGAAACCCAAUGGGCUGAAAACCAGUCGUAGUGACCCUACAUUGGUCCCUCCUCUUUCUCCGGCUCAGUCACGUACCUUGAGCACGAGAAGGCAGAACACCAUUCGAUCUCAUCAACAGAGCACCUCUUCCAUGGUUAAUGGCAUAAACCUCACCAACAGCCAAACAGGCAUUGUCCAGUCACCUUCUAUUCAACCUCAAUUUGAUGGCAGGUUGGGUACAAUGAAAAUGUUAAAAAUGGAGCAGACAUGUGAGACAAUGUUGAACUCAAUGAGCAUAAUGGACAUAACCUUAAAAGAAGCUGUGGUGUUCCUGGAUCAACCUGAAGAAGAUAAACAACAUUUUGGAGCCAGCGCCAUCCAGCACUACACCUUUAUUAAUGACGAUGCCAAAAUAGAGGUGCAAGCAUUAGAGGGUAUUCCACCUCUAGUGAACCUGUUGGACAGUCCCAACCCACAAGUGUCCCAGACUGCUGCUGGGGCUUUGAGGAAUCUUGUGUUUAAGAACAAGGUCAACAAGGUGCAAGUUUAUGAUUGUGGUGGUAUAGCCAAGGCCUUGAAUCUACUAAAGAAGACUGAUUCUACUGAAACCAAGAAACAAAUCACUGGCCUGCUGUGGAACCUGUCUUCUGAAGACAAGCUGAAGCAAGACCUAAUGAAUACAGCACUGCCUGCUCUGACAGAAAGRGUGGUAGUGCCGUUCGUCUCAAAUGAUGACAAACAAUAUGUCGACUCAUCCGUCUUCUACAAUGCUACAGGCUGCCUGAGGAACCUGAGUAGUGGUGGUGUUAAUGAGAGGAACAUAAUGCGAAACUGCACCAACCUCAUCAGCUCACUUACGACAUUUGUUGAGUCCUGUAUCUCAAAGGAAACCACUGAUGACAAGUCUUUGGAGAACUGUGUAUGUAUUCUCCAUAAUUUAACCUAUCAACUGGGGAAGGAGCGUCCAGAGGCAUUCAGUGAAUAUUCCCAAUCAAGAGCGUCCGUCUCUCAGGAGAAGAAAAAUGCCACAGUUGGCUGCUUCAGCCCAAGGAGCAGCAAGGUUCCGAACGAGUGUUCUUUAGACAGACAUCCAGAAAAAAGCAAUGAUUCUUCCCAGUCAGGAGUGAAAUCAGGAGUGACUUCAGGAGUGAAGUUGUUGUGCCAACCCAGUGUCAUUGACAACUACCUGUGGUUGCUGGAAUAUGCCAAGGAAGAACCCAUUCAGGAGGCCAGCUGUGGUGCCCUGCAGAACCUCUCAGCCAGCAGCGAAGAGUCUGGAACUGUGUGCAAAGUUUUGCUUGAGAAGUUUAAAGAUUUGCCUAUCUUGGAGUCUUUGAUUGCAUCAGAAAACCCUACCAUUCGGAAGACUGCCUUGUCCUUGCUGGAUAACAUGUCCCGUAGCAGAGUGCAGGUGGACAUGGCAAAGCAGAUGUUGCCUGAGUUGGUGUGCCAGCUCGGCUCCUCCACAGAUGAAAAUAGGUUCAAUGAUGAAGAUGCUGUAGCACUUGGUAACACAAUUCUGAGACUGACGCUGACAGACAGUGAGGUCACGAAGAAGCUUGUUGAUAAAAACAUGGUUUCUCAGCUGAUUAAAUUGAGCGGUAAAGAGGCGUCAUAUCCCAACGGGAGCAAAGUGGUGUCAGCGCUGUUGUACAACAUGUGGAAUGAUAAGAAUUUGUACACCAUUGUGAAAAAGAUGGGAUUUGAAAAAAUAAAUUUUGUUAACAAAAGGUCUUCAGAAGCCUUCCAGUCGACCUUCCAACUUAAAAAUGAUUGAUGGAGAAAAAAGGCAACGUGAUGCCUGAACGAAGGAAACCAAGGGUAAUUACAGCGUGCAGUGGCCACACCCUUUAAAACGUCUUCAGUGAUAUCCUUGUUGAAAGAGCCUAUUAAUCAUGAGAUAACCAUAAAAUGUAUAUUUAUGUAAAUAUAUAUAGAAAGAGAUCAUAGAUUUGAGUUUCAUGGAUGUGGUGUAUGUAUUUAAUUUGGAAAUGUGCUGUUACUCUGUAUAACAAUGUUUUUUUUUUUUUUUUGGUAGGUUAAGUGUGAGUUUGAGUGUGUAUUUGUUUGCACACAGAAAUCCAGUUCUUGCAGCCAGUAAGACACAUUACCCUCUUGUGAAAAUGCAGUGUUAUUUGCAGUGAAAUGUUACUUGCAGUAAUUUAUAGGAUGCAUGAAUUUCCUUCACUGUCUAAUGUGUCUUCCUGUCUGCAGAAGAAGAAAAAACUCCCAUUGUAGCAUUAAGAUUUGAACAUCCAAA